AUGAAUAAACAUAAACUUAAAAAGACCCCUAAAGUCCCAACCAGAAACCAAUCUUGGUUUUGUAGAAACAUGUCUGUGCAGGAUCGCACAUCAUCACAUCGUUUUCCAAAUCCAAAAAAAAAUAAAGAGUCUUUUGAUAAAUGGGUAGAAAUUGUUGGUGGAGAUUUGAGAUCUCUCGAUCCAUCAAUAGUCUAUGAGAAAAAACGGAUCUGUUCGAGUCAUUUUCUAGACAAUGAUAUAAGUCCAGGGACCAAAAAAUUGAAAUGUUUGGUUGUCCCUUCUUUACAUUUAUCUGUUCCUAUUGUUGAUAGUUUUAAGACACUGUCCACUUCUUGUAGUGAUCGACCACAGUACAAAUCAUCUGUUCCUAUUGUUGAUAGUUUUAAGACACCGUCCACUUCUUGUAGUGAUCGACCACAGUACAAAUCAUCUGUUCCUAUUGUUGAUAGUUUUAAGACACUGUCCACUUCUUGUAGUGAUCGACCACAGUACAAAUCAUCUGUUUCUAUUGUUGAUACUUUUAAAACACCGUCUACUUCUUGUAGUAUAGAAGACACUGAUUUAGAAGAAAUUUCAAUAUUUUAUGAGGAUUCAGUUAUUCAACAAUUUUUUAAAAACAAACCCUGGCAGGCAAGUUUUUCAAAUGUUACUGUUUUGUUGUUUAUAGUUACUUGUACAUCAGACAAAGUAAUAAAUGCAUUUGACCUAGGCUCAACUUGUUUACCAUCAUCUACACCAUCACAUCUCAACAGACAACUUGUUGAAUGUGAAUCCUCAGAAGAAUCUGAGUUGGAAGGAAUUUCCAAGCUAGACGAUGACUCGUUUCUUCAAUGGGUAUUGACUAACAUUGGUGUAAGAAAAAUGAGCCAGUUAACACCAAAAUGCAAGUCACUAUACAGAGGAAGUGUAUUGCUGAGUAGACGUUUGCGAUGGGAACAAAAGAAAUCAUUCACCUUCAAAAGUCGUUUGUCAGCAGCUGAGAAAUUUUCUGAAGGGUUUUUAAAUUCAAAAGCCGUAAGUCGUAUGACUUUUGCAGCUGCCAUUUUCACUAAUUUACAACUGCGUGCAACAAAUCAAAAAGCGCGAGGUAGAAGAUUUACUUUAGAUGAAAAACUACUCAGCUUAUCUCUCUACAAACAGAGUGCAAAAUCAUAUCGAACAUUAGCAAAACUAUUCACUCUACCUGGCAGAAAAACUUUGACGAAUUUACUAUCCAAAAUCCCAGUAAAUCCAGGAAUUGAUCAAACAUUGAUGAAAGUUUUGAAAACCAAUGUCGUCAAGUUAAGUGCUAGGCAAAAACUCUGUACAAUUUUAUUCGAUGAGGUCAGUCUGGACCCAAAUUUAACUUAUGAUCAUAAUACCGGCAUGAUAACUGGUUUUGAAGACAAUGGUAUAGGAAGGACCCAACAUUUUGCUGACCACAGCUUGGUAUUCAUGAUUCGUGGCGUGGUUAAAAAAUAUAAGCAACCCAUAUCUUAUACUUUUUGCAAGGGCACCACCAGUAGCCACGAUUUGUCAAACCAAAUAAAAAAUGUGAUUCAAGCAGUGCACGAAACAGGGUUGCAUGUUGUUGCAUCUGUUUGCGAUCAAGGAGCCACAAACAAAGGUGCCAUUAAUAUGCUGCAUCGUGACACUAGAGCGGAGGCACUAAGAAAUAAUAUUCAAUUUAAAGAAGAGUUUUACAAUGUUCAAUGUGGGGCAGAUAUAUUGAAUGUUGUACAUAUCUAUGAUCCACCUCAUCUACUGAAAGGAGUGCGUAACAACAUUCUCAAUAAAAAUGUUUUAUUCACCAUGGACGGACAACAAAUGGAGGCCAGCUGGAGUGACAUUACCGAACUAUAUGAAUUGGACUGCAAGAUCGAGGAUGUGAGAAUGCUACCAAGGCUGACAGCCGAACAUAUAAUUCCUAAUAAAAUUAAAAAAAUGAAAGUCAAAUGUGCUGUGCAGGUUUUAUCCGAAAGAGUUGCAUCCAUAAUGUCAUUUUUAGCUUCAAAAAAAAUUUUAAAAGAAAAGGCGAAAGACACUGCAAAAUUCUGCCAGUUUUUUGACAAAUUAUUUGAUUCAGUAAACGGGAGCUAUGACAAGGUAGUAGAUGGAAAAAUAUAUCGCACCGGCCUGAAAAGGUACUCUCCACACCAUGAGUUAUGGGAAGUGUCGCUCAAAGUGUUGCAGUCAAUGUAUUUCAUAGAUCCUGUCAGUAAAAAAAAGACAGUUCCUCAACCUCCAACAAUUAAGAAUUGGAUAAAAACUAUUAAAGGAUUUCAAGAGGUAUUUAAGUUAUUGAACAAGAUGGGUAUAAAAUCAAUUCUCUUAAGAAACUUUAACCAAGAUUCACUAGAGAAUUUUUUCGGAGCAUUGCGUGCCCUGGGCUACAGAAACACCAAUCCGACUUGUUACCAAUUCAUUUCCUCAUACAGAACUCUGCUUCUCAACAACUUAAUGUCUUCACAUUCUCCUGGGAGCAAUUGUGAAGAAGACUUCAGCGACGGUUGCUUAACAUCGUAUAAGACAUUGUUUGAAACGUUUGAAGACAACUUGCCAGAACAAUGUGAUGAACCUGAACCUAGAGUUUCGGAUGGUACUCCAAAACAAAUAACAAAUUUUAGUUCAGAAAUCUUACAAGAUUUACAGUUCCAGACUCACAACUAUAUAGCUGGGUUUGUAAUUAAAAAAUUAAAUAGUAUUUUAUUUAAAAACUGCACAGUUUGCUUAAAUCAAGUGUGUUCCUUAACAACAGCUAAGGGACAUCAACUAACUGUUGCCAGAGAUUACAAUCCAAAUGGUAAACUUUUAUUAAAGUACCCUAACAAAAUUUUUUGUUCUUUAGUAAAAAAAUCAAUUGACUUGAUUGCUCAGUUUUUGCCCUCAAUUUGUCAUCAUAAAACAUUAAAAAAUGAAUUAUCAAAAAUAUUGACACACCAAAUUAAUGUUAAUGUGAUAAAUUGUGAAGAGCAUGGUCAAUUGUUUCCUAAACAGUUUUUCGAUUUUGUAAUUAAAUUAAUGGUCCACAAUUGGUGCACUCAAAUCAAUAGAAUUUUGUCUGGAAAACUGGGCAUUGGUAAAAAUGAAAGGGACCAAAUAAAAGUGAAUGCCUUUCAUCGUUACCAAACUUUUUGUAAAAAGUCUAAAUACAAAUAAUUUUAUUUUGUUACUCAUAUUUUUAGUAUUGUGAAUAUAACAUAUUAUAUUCUUACGUACCUUACUAUUGUACUUUUAAUUUUAAAUUUUAUCAAUUAUAUUAUUAAUAUUGACUAUGUGUAUAACCUCAUGUGAAUUUUUGGUGACGUUGAAAACAUGCAAGACUACAUUUUUAUUAUUUAUUAUAGUAUUUAAGUUGAAUUAAUAUUAUAAUGUUAUAAUUUUUUAUUCGUUGCUACAGUGAUAUAUUAUGUCAUAAUUUGU